AGAAAAAUGAGCCUUCCAAAGUAUUUGACCUUUGACCUUCAAUAAUUCAAAAUGUCGAAUUUUCCGUUCAUAAGUAUGUUUGGACGAAAUGUUCGCCAGGACCAGCUCUAAAACAUAUUCAAAAAUCAUUGAAAAAGCUUGGGCCAAUUUUUUGCAAAAUUGGAAAAACCUCAUUUUUGACCUAUUUUUGAGGGAUAGGGAACGUACGAAAGGGGAGGGGGGAAAAGUAAAGAGGUUGGGUAAGAUAAGAUAAGAUUUUGCCAGGGGUCAGUUCUGCAUUUCGGAUUUCCGAUGCAUCCAGGCCACCAAUUGGGCCCCUUAUGCUUCCCCACUCCUAUUCUAUCUUAUCCCCCGAUACGGGUAGCCGCUCUAUAUCACAGCUCUGUGAGCAGUCAGUGCCGUUAAUAUGUCACAGCAUCCCUUCUCGGUGUGUGUUUGGGAUCAGUGACAGCGAAUAUUUGUAUCGAUUGAAGUACCACUUUCACAUCGAAACUCGUUCUCGUACCAGCCUCUAUUGUUUAGGCGGUUCACUUUUUUUGCCAAUAUGCACUAUUGACAUUCAUUCAUUCACUGGACGAAUUCAAAUCCGAUAUGGCAUGAGAAAUCUUUUUCUGCUGCUGCUCAGCUUUGAACCCCAGACCUCGCAGACAUAGAGCUACUACUCUAUCCACUGACCCACUCGAGGCCCUCAAAGAGGUUGGGUACGAGAUAGUGUCAUUUGAGGAGGGGUCAUCGAAGACCGGAAGUCUAUAUCUCUUACCGUUUAAGCUCCAGAACAGUGAGAAGUUGAAAAAAAAGUCGUUUAUAUAAGUGCUCCCUCUUUGAGUUCGAGCAGUAAAAAAGAUGGAAUAAGACAUCUGUAGAACGACUUAGAUACCCGAAAUUUCCAGGAAGUCAAUUUCAUACAACUUUACUUUUUUUAAAGGUUUAACUCUUUUAGUAAAAACUCUUAGUAAUUAUCCUUCAAACAUUUAGCAUUGUUUCCGAGAAUUACUAGUUUGGGUCAUAAAGGUUACAUAUAAGGGAAUGUAGGCAGCCUUCGCACAUUUUUUUCGUGCUUCAUAUUCAGGACUUUUUUCUGACAAAACUGUAAAGUGGGCAGUGAAUUGCACUACACCAAAAAGUUCUCUGAUCUUUUAGGUUUCUAUCCAUGUCUAGUCCACUAUCACAGAAUUGUUGGUUUUUCCUGGACAUAAAAAUGAAAAAAAUAUGACGAUUUGUGCGAUUCUUGCCUCCGGGGCAAGAAUCGCACAAAAAAUAAAUUUUAUCUACAAUUAAGAAUUAUUUUCCGAUUGUUAUACUGUAUCCCCGUGAACCCGCAGAAACUAUCACUGCACUAAAAGAACAUCUUUAAAACACCUUUUUUCACAUUUUCUGGAGCACUGUUUUUUCUUCCAAAUGAAUAUCGAAAAAUCGACUAUGAACAUGUUCACACGGUUCACACUGUGAAUAACCGUCGUCUCAUGAAGAUGGGAAGGUGACUAUACGCCUGUCGAAGAGGAAAUGACCACGAAUGUCUCACUGUGGCUUAUGAGGCUUAAGUGAGGUUAUGAUUUUCAAGCUGGAGUUGUCUGAUAUGCAUGUGCGACCGCUCACACAUUCAGUGUUUGAAACCACACACAGUGUAGUACUUGCGCAUUUUCCGCCACCGAAAAAAUAAUUUCCCUCCGAUACAAAAAAUUAUAACGUAAAUAUCAUCUCAAGUAUACUCUUCAUCCACUGUGUAAGUGAUUUUUUUUUAGAAAUGAGUUUAACUAUGAGAAAUCAAAUGAAAUAUGCGCCAUCAAAAUUACCCAUUUUAGGCCAAUUUUUUAUUUGUGAUCCUAGCACCUAGGAUAGAAGGGUUUGGCUGCCUAUUCUUACAAUGAAGAUAAGGUUCGUAAAUACUUAACUUAUGGCUAAGAAAUGCGGAACCAACUCUUUCGAAAUAAAGAAAUAUAAAAAUUUUUUGAAACUCUUUUUGCUUCUGAAAUUGACAUUUUUAUUUUUUUUUAAUGUUUUUAAAUAAAAUAUACAAAGUAGAAUGACAUAUCUUUCAGUAAAAAAUAAAUUUAUUUUAGUCAGAUAACUUUAAAUCGGUAUUUUUAUGGAAAUUGGAAAUUAAUUUUUUUUUACACAAAUAUUUUUUGUUGCUUUUUCUCUGUCACACAAAACUGGGAAUAGCAAUUAAACGAAGAGUCAAAAUGAGUUCAAACUUUCAAGAGAUGUAUAUAAGACUAUUACCGAGGACACUAUAGCACUUUUAAAUAAAUAAAACCUUUAUUGUCGCUGUAAAUUUGAUUUUUGGGAAGACCGCCUGGAGGCGGUCUUACCCGUUAGAGGGUUAAAUGAUCAAUAAAAAAUAAAUCUAAGAACGGAAAUUGUUAAUCUUUUGGUUUGUUUUUAGGAUUUUUAAGUGAUUUGGUUCUUCUCCCGGUUCACCGUUGCUCUGAUCUGCCGAUCAAUGUGUUUGCACCCUAAUAUAGCUUUUAUUAACAACUCUGUAACUUUAUUAGUAUUUAUUUUACGAUUGUUUAUCUACCUUUUUCCAACUUGUACACACAGAGAGUCUUCCCUUCUGUGUCUGUUGCGAGUCGAAGGGAAUGUCUCCAGUGAACCAAGUUAAAUUGACUCUGUGAUAGCCACUUCCUCGUCAACCGGGAAGAGCACCAACGUCUAUCGACAGGUUUUAUGCGAAUGAUUUUACCUGGAGAGUAUCUUGCACACAUUUUCUCUCUCUCAAAGAGAGGGAUUGCUUUUUUUGUUAUAUGUGUGCCUCUAAAACUCUAAGAGACCAUCUCAUUGUGAGGUGAGUGUGUGGAACUCUCAUGAAGAAUCCAUCCGCAAAGAAGAACCACCGGACGCAAAAACCUUUCUUUUAGAUCAUUCUCUGGCAAAGGCAACAGGCAAAACGAUCGUGAAUUUGCUCUAGCGAGUGUAACUGAGGAUUUUUCAAUAAUUUUUUUUUCAUUCUGCAUUGCCUGAACCUCGACAUUUCAUCAAUUAUUCCCGAGACAAGAAAUCAAUUGAGCGCGUGUUUUCAAUCGAUAAGUGACUUUAUCGCCUUUGCGAUUUUAUUGAUGCAUUGAGUGAAAAGUGCAUUGUAUAUUGGAGAGAGGACUUACUGACCAAACUCAAUUGAUCCAUAUUUUCACAAACACAUAUUUAUGCCACAAUUUUUAUGUGGACACAUGUUUGUAUUGGAGUUUUAGUGCAAAGAAAAAAGAGCGCGAAAAAGUGAGUGUCUUGUAAAGUGAAAUAUUAGUGCGGCAAUAUAUCGAAAAAAAAAGACUAUAUGGUGUUGUCUAUGCAAUAAAUGUUGGAAAAGUAUCACCAGUACAUAUUUAACUGACUCGUUUAUUUAUUGUUUCACAUGAACCAUACUCAUAAAAAAAAAAUAAGACGGCGGCAUCGAAUGAACUUGGCAGAAGUCGGGCAGUUUGCUUAGAGGCAUCGAGAAGUGCAGUGCGUGAUUCAUUUUGAACAUAAAACGCAACAAACUCUCCUCUGGUUCAUUUUUCUGACCUUGCGUGUUGCCCAAGAAAUUCCCAAGUGAUACUCUAUCUGCCCCUUUUCUCCAUAUCGCAAGACAAAAAAAAAAGAAAAAAAAACCCAACAAGAGAUCCAAUUCUCGCAAAUCCCUCUGACUGAUCUUCAGAGAAUUUCACAACUUUAAAAAAAAUAAUUAAAAAAUGUGAGAUUUUUGGUGAAUUAUUUGCAGUUCUUAGUGUAGAAGGAAUAAAUUUCAAAUAUUUGAUUAAAAUGUGACGCGAUUUUUUUUCUUUUCCACUGUUCUCCCAAGUAUUAUCUCAGUUUGUAAAGAUAUAAAAGUGGUUCUGUUUGUAUUACUCACAAAUUGUCAUUGUGAUUAUCAGUCAUUUGUGGAAAUUAUAGGAAAAUUAUUUUUCCAUCCAGCUGAAUGAAUGAGGAAAGUCCACUUGUAAAAAGAAAAAUUCACGCAGGCACCUGGAGGACCGACUGUUCCGUGCCAGAGGAUACAGCUGAGAACCUCACUGCCAUCCACGUGAGCUUUAUGCCCCUCUGGACAAGUCGCAUUGGACGGGCCCCACGCAAAAAGCCACUCAAGUGCACUCAAUAAGUGUUUGCCAAUUUUGCGCCAAUUUCCACACAUUUAAUGCCCCCAAUGUAUUCAUCGCUUCAAAUACUUACAAUCAAAGUGAAAGUGAUGAAAUUGUGACAAAAACAAAACCUGAACAGCCCUCUUAAGCCAUCAAAAAGACAUCUUAUUGAAAAUUUUAUGUGAGCUUAUUUAUCGCCUUGUGUUGAAUUUCUUGGAAAAGAAAAGAAUAAAAUAAUAAACUUUAGUGCAAAAUUGUGAAUUUAAAUUUAACGAGGGUCAUUACUAAAGUGGUGUAAAGUACCCAGAACUAGGACGUACAUCAAGUGAAUUAAAUUGUGAAAAGCAGCAAAAAUGAGUCAACAGGAUUACAACAACCGGAGGAAAUUGUCUUUCCUUGGCUUCAAUCCAAGGCAGACAGACAAUGGAGACCCUAACGAGGUGCAGCUGGAUGAGGAAAUGGAAAAAGUUUUUGCCGGAUCAGAUCGUGAAAAGGAAAAAUUUAGUGUCCUACAAUUGGCUGGAUCAGCAGAUGAAAAGCCUCAGCCAUCACCUGUCUCAGGAAAAUUUCUCGAUCCUGACCAUGAUCAGCAUCGCAACGAACCAUAUCCCCACAAGCUUUCCCCGUCGAAACCCAGCCGCAGUAUGAAGCGUCAAGACUCGAAGGACACAAAUUCCCAAGACGAGGAUAAAGCUGAAUCCGCACGAAGGACUCCAACUGUGAUUCCCUACAAUCGUGCUCUCCCACUCUCAUCGCCCACCCGGAGUCUGGGCAGCGGCAGUGGGGAAUCUGACCAUGCACCUCAGAUCUCAGAACGCGCUGCUGCACUCAAAAGGGACCACGACGACGACGACGAGGAAAAACGUAUCAAGGUGAAAUUUGAGGGUAGUCAGGGAGAUACGGAUGAAGCACCAGAUGAGAAGGAUGAGCAUGGGAGACGUCGAAAGUCCCGCCAUCAGCACUAUAAGCAGCGUAAGCACUCACUCUCAGACAAACAGACCGGAGGAGUUCCUGAAUCCGGCGGCAGGCGAGUGUCUGUCCAGCCUGAGGAUGCCACUCUAGACCGAGGAAAACGUGGCAAGGAAGCUGAUAUUGACGAAUUGACAUCGCAUCGUUCUGAUGAUCCACGUGGAAUGCGUCGACACAAAAUCCAACCGAGCUCACAGAGUGCCCGAAAGGAUUCCACAACGGUUCCCAUGGGGAAACCACCAACCGGAAAGAAAACCAUUGACCACAGUCCACAUGAUGUCUUUGUCCAGUUGGACGAAUUGGUGGGACAUGGAGAGGAAGCCGAAUGGAAGGAGACAGCACGUUGGAUCAAAUAUGAAGAAGAUGUGGAAGAGGGUUCAGAUCGCUGGGGUCGUCCCCAUGUAGCAUCUCUCUCAUUCCACUCACUCCUCAAUCUCAGACGUUGCCUGGAGACUGGAGUUGUGCUAAUGGACUUGGAAGAAAAAGAUCUUCCUGGCGUGGCAUACAGGGUUGUUGAACAGAUGGUUGUUGAGGAUCUAAUUCAGGCAGAUGACAAAGCCACAGUCUUACGAGCCCUCCUCCUGCGUCAUCGACACGUGAAUGAGUCCCAUUCGGGCUUUCACUUUGGCUCACGACGCAAAUACAGCAGCUAUACAAGUUUGCAGUCGUUGUGGAUUCAGGAAGAACUGGGCACACUCGGUGUCAAGAAUGGCUGCCCAAGGCGUCCGUUUAGUCCACCAACAGCCACAACCGAUGGUUCUAUCCCAAGGCGUCACUCAACUCUAUCCUACUUACUAUUCAAUUUGAGUGAGGACAAGAAACCAAAGAUUGUCCCUGCUGGUGAAAUCAAUGGAUUCGGUGGGAAUGACACCAAAAUUGAUAUCAAGGAAGAAGUCUAUUCCUCAUCUCAGGAAGAUUUAGUGAGGAAAGCCCAAAAUGACACGAUCCUUAGGAGAAUUCCUCAAGGUGCUGAAGCAACAACGGUCUUGGUCGGAGCUGUGGAUUUCUUAGAACAGCCUACAAUUGCCUUUGUACGUCUGGCUGAAGGAAUCACUAUGCCAAGUAUCACUGAGGUACCCAUCCCUGUGCGGUUCCUCUUUAUUCUCCUGGGGCCAAAGAACAUCGAACUGGACUACCAUGAAAUUGGUAGAUCAAUUGCUACGCUCAUGUCCAAUACUCAUUUCCACGAUAUCGCCUACAAAGCUGAUGAUCGCAAGGAUCUCCUAUCGGCCAUCAAUGAAUUCCUAGAUGAUUCCAUUGUGCUUCCACCGGGAAAUUGGGAGCGACAGGAAUUGUUGCCAAUUGAAGAGCUAAAGGCCAAGAGUGAACGCAUUCGCAACAGGAAAGUCAAGGCAAUGCAGGAGAAGAAUAAGGACAAGCAACAGUUAAUUGCUGAUGAGGAGAAGCGUCUUCUGGCUGCUGCCGAGGGAGAUCCCGGUGGUAGGAAACCCACAGGACCUCUAGAGAAGACAGGAAGAUGGUGGGGAGGAGUGAUUAAUGACAUGAAGCGUAGGCUUCCGAUGUACAAGAGUGACAUCACCGAUGGCCUCAAUACUGAAACUCUAGCUGCGAGUCUCUUCAUGUACUUUGCUGCCCUGUCCACUGCCAUCACUUUCGGUGGUCUGGCCUCAGAUAAAACCCACAAUCUUAUCGGGAUCUCCGAAACUCUAAUAUCUCAGUCAAUUGCUGGGAUCUUCUUCCAUGCUGUCUGUGGUCAACCUUUGGUUAUCAUCGGUACUACGGGUCCCCUGCUCCUCUUCGAUGAAGCCCUGUAUGAAUUCUGCAAGGCCAAUGGCUUUGAAUUCCUCACAAUGAGGGUCUGGGUUGGUCUAUGGCAGAUUGUUAUCGCUCUGGUGGUCUCUGCCUUUGAAGGCAGCGUCUAUGUACGCCUCUUCACAAGAUUCACUCAAGAGAUCUUCUCUGCCCUCAUUACGCUGAUCUACCUCGUAGAGACAGCAAUGAAACUCGUCAAAGUGUACAAGAGACAUCCUCUCUAUGCUGAGUACAACUUCAAGAACGUAACUCCUCCAGUUCCACCGGAACCUGUAUCAACUGUUGUAAGUUACCUCACUGGCAACGACACAGAAGAUCCAACGGAAGUCACCACAAUUUUGACAACAAUUGCCGAAGAAGUUUCGAAUAUUGCAACAACUAUCCAGGAAAAUGUAACUAGUGCCAUAACAACAACUCUCACAACUCCACAAACUCAGGAGAUUGCUGCAGUGUCGGACAACAGUACUCUUCUUCCACCCUUCGAUGACCUGGGUCCACUCAAUCAACCCAACACAGCUCUAUUCUGCACAAUUCUCACCCUGGGCACCUUCACUCUCGCCUACUACCUUAGAAUCUUCCGCAACUCUCACUUCCUAGGACGCACAGCCAGACGUGCUCUUGGAGAUUUUGGCGUACCUGUGUCCAUUGCCAUCUUCGUGGCUGUGGACUUUAUGAUUCCCCAAGUGUUCACCGAUAAACUCUCAGUACCCGAGGGUAUCUCACCCAGUGAUCCCGAAAACAGAGGCUGGGUCAUCCCAUGGGGUCCAGUACCCAUGUGGGUACCAUUUGCCUCAGUCAUUCCAGCCCUUCUAGUAUAUAUCCUCAUUUUCAUGGAAACUCACAUCUCCGAGUUGAUUGUCGACAAACCCGAACGAGGUCUGAAGAAGGGUUCAGGACUCCACAUGGACAUUGUACUCCUGUCCAUCUGCAAUACUGUUUGCAGCUUCUUUGGCAUGCCUUGGCACUGUGCAGCAACUGUUCGAUCAGUAACUCAUGUGUCAUCAGUUACAAUAAUGUCCAGGACCCAUGCUCCUGGUGAUAAACCCCAUAUCGUGGACGUGAAGGAACAACGACUAUCUGGCCUCUUUGUUUCCGUGAUGGUUGGCCUGUCUGUGGCCAUGGCACCAAUCCUCCGACUCAUCCCCAUGAGUGUCCUCUUUGGAGUUUUCCUCUACAUGGGCAUCGUCUCCAUGGUAGGCGUUCACUUCUUCGAGAGACUAAAGCUCUUCUUCAUGCCAGUGAAAUAUCACCCGUCAGAACCAUUUGUGCGUCGUGUUCCCACGUGGAAGAUGCACAUUUUCACAUUCACCCAAGCAGCUGCACUGGCGAUUCUUUGGGGCGUGAAAUCAUCUUCAUUCUCUCUUGCCUUUCCCUUCUUCCUCAUCAUGAUGGUGCCUCUGCGUCACAAACUAGCUACAUACUUUACAGCAUCAGAACUCAAUGCGCUGGACGGAAACAAACCCGACGUUGAUCCAGACAAUGAACCAGAUUUCUACGAACAAGCUGGAAUGCCAUCGUAAAUCCCAGGACAACAAGAAAUAUAUUUAUUGACUUUGAGACAAGCCCAUUCCCCCUGCAGAAAUGCAACCACACCUCAUCUUGAAGGAUGUUUUGAGACAAACACAGAAAAUUUAUCUUACAGCCCAGAGACUAUAGUUUUGGACAAGUAUAAAUAUUAGUAAGAGAAAAAUGGGAAGAUUGACAAGGUAUAUAGAAAGGGAAAUAUAUAUUUUCUUAAGAAGAAAGCAUAUUUACAAGAGAAGAGUAAAUGGUUAAACAUAUAUUUAUGAUAGAAAUAUUGUUUUCUCUUUCAACACACAACACUUUAAAUGGACUUUCCCUCCACGUGGAAAGUUUAGCAGAAAGUAUUUUCUUAAAGUAUUUUGCAGUAUUUUCCCUUUUUAGAAUGGAAAACACAAUUACAAGAAAACUUUUGCACUUUAUACUCAAGUGCAAAAGUAACUAAAAAGGACCUUCGAAAAAAAAGUACUUAAGAUUUUAGUAAAUCUACCUAGAAAAAACCAUAUGGUGCUCUAAAAAAAUACUUUAAAAGAAUAUAUAAUAGUAUUGAAGUAUCCCAUACUAGGGAGUGUACUCUAGAGGAGAUUCAUUUCCCAAAAUAUAUUACAAAAAAAAAUAUAGAAGUAAGUUAUAGAAUGUAUUGUAAAAUAAAAGAAAAAAUCAAAUUAGACAUUGUUCUUCGACAAAAUCAAAAGAACUUACUGAAAAUGUUCAUUUCAUCGGCCAAAAUAGUUGUGAGAUCUCGUUUUUCCAAGAGCACACAAAAAAAGGUAAUUUUAUUUUUAGAAAUACCUAAUCAAAAUAAAUCACUUUAGUCAAACAAUUUUUAGAAAUAAAUAAAGGUAAAUAUAACUUUAUUUUAUUGCAGCGAGGUAGGAUUUCUAUUCCAAAAUAAACUCUGUCAUUUUUAUAAUUUUAGGCCACGCCCAUUUCUUGAGAUUUGGUAGAUUUUGCAGAUUUUCCCGAAAGGAAAAAUCUGUCUGUUUUCGAACAAGAAAUUAUGUUCUAAUUUAAGGAUGUUUUUCUGAGGAAUCCAUCAAUUUGGAAAAUUUGAAGGUUGGUACGUUUGGAAGCUUGAUAAGUUCAGUAAUGUUGUAAAUAGAGCGGAUGACCAGGAGGAAUUGUAAGAGGCUUUUCAGAAGUUUAACGACGAGACACUUUUUACGGACUGAAAAUCAACAAUAAUAAUUAAACUGAGAAACAUAAUCAAUAAUAAGUCUUACGUCUAACCUUGAAAAGUCCAACAGAGUCUGAUUCGGUGUAUUUUUGCCUCCAUGAACAAUAGGGACAAAAAUAGCCCAAAAAUUUAAGUAAUUUUUCUGACAAUACCAAUGAAUAAUAUUUUUUGCUUUAAUGAAAAAUAUUACGCAUGAGUAUUGUAGUUUUUAUUGCCAAAAGGGUUUUGCUUUAAAAAAAAUUGGAAGUAUAAAAAAUAAAUAAAAUCAAUUAUGAUUUUGAGAAUUUAAAAAUUCGCCAUUUUUGAGCUUAAAUAUUUAGUACAUAACAAAUAGCUAGAGACUUGCAAAAAAAUAUUCUAGAUCCCUUCAACCUUCUACUUUACCAUUAUGUACCGACAUAAGAAAAAAAUAACUUUGGGUAGUCAGGAAAAAAUAUUUUCUUUAUGGGACACCGGUGUUCCAAUCGUCCUUAAAGGGUUAACUCUAAUCUAAAAAGUUUAAUUUUUAAGUUUCGUUUUGUUUCUAUCAGUUUACAUUUGAAUUAUUAUUACUUUUAUAUUCCUUUUAUCUUUUGCGCUUCACUACAAGAAGGAAACGUAAUCUAAUUUGUGGUAUUUUUUUUUAAUAAAUUAAAUUAAUAAUAAAAGUAUCAGUCAGCCCUUCCUUACUUUAGCCUUAUUAUUAUAGCCUUACAUCUAAAGAGGAACGAGGAGAUGCUCUGAAACACGCGUCAUAACGGUCACUGUUGUUGACAGAACGCCAUCUGACGGAAAUAUGCUGAAUUAAUAUUUUCUAGCAUUGUAAUUUAGACUCUCCCUGCAUUUUGUCUUUUCAUUUUGUGACUUUAAUGGCGAGACACGCAUGGCGACGACGACUAUAGAAUUUUGGUUAUUUUCUCGAGUAAGUUGUAAAAAUGAUGUAAAAUUAUGUUAUGUAUUGAAUCUAAGAGGGUAUUUCUUUUCUUUGCAAUAGGUUUAUUAAACAGAGACAGACGGAUUUAAUAGAUAUUUAAGCAGAUAUCCAGAAGAAGAUUGAAGUCUUAUUAGGUAUGGGAAAGACAAAGACGAUUUAUUUAGUAAUUAGGACGACUUUUAAUCAACUUAUUAACUCACCUUGAUCAAAUCGGGAAUUGGCCGUGUCUCGCUGGCUGUAAGACGACGACAAAUAAAGAGAAUUUAAAAAAAAAA